AUGACUGACCCGAAAAAGUGAGGUGUAGACUUAUAGUUUAGGUCAAAUAUAAAGGUUCUGUUUUCAGAGAUAAAAUAUGAAUAUACAUAAUAUAGAUAUAUAUAUUUAUAGUGUCUGUUUUCUUUUUUCAUGAUUCAGUUUAUCAUGGCCUAGCCGCAGUAAGCGAGAUUGUAUUCCUGUUGAGCAAGUUAUAGAUGAAAUUGAUGUUGAUGCUAGCGAUGUAAGCCUAGAUGGCCCAAGUGAUGAGUCGGAUAGAGAUGAAGUGUAUGACCCAGGUAAUAUUGAUAAUUUAGAGAGUAGUGACUCUGAAAGUGACCAUGAACACUUAUCAGAAGUGAAUGACGAAUCCAGUGGUGAUGAUGUACCUCUCGCACGUAUAUUGGCCAGCGCCACAAAGGGAAAAACCAAGACAAAAUAUACAUGGCGAAAAAAAGAUUUCGUAGCACCCCAAAAUCAAUUUCAGGGGUGA